AUGGAAGAAGAGCAUCUUUUGCCAUUGUUGAGGCAGAAAAUACCUCCAUCACCAUUAUCACUAUCUUCUCUUCCUGAAAAUGCAGAAAUUUCUCUUCCUUUAACUCCUUCUGAAUAUAAAGAUUUACUCAUAUUUGGCCCUUCUCUUGUUUCUCCUAGAGCUUCACCUAUUACUAUUCAAAACGCUGCUUCUUCUUCUCUAUUAGAAUCACUCUCUUUAUCUUCUCCUAAACCAUCUUCAUCUCCAUCAGAAUAUAAUCUUUCCUUUUUAUUUGAUACCCAACAACAAGCACAAUCACAAUCACAACAAUCUACAAGUUUUCAUGAUCAAAAUCAAUGGUGGGUUGAUCCUAUCUACCAAUGCAAGAAAACCCUUCUUCAUAGGUCUAAAACUGCCCCAGCUAUGACUGUUUCAAAGGAUUUUGAUAAAAAGAAAGACAUAGAAAAAGACCCUAAACCUAGUUCUCAAUUUAUUGUAAUACAAGCUUUUGUGCUUCUUUUGAUAUAUUUGUCAUUUGGGGUUACUAUAUACUGGUUUAAUAGAAAGCAAUUUUCAGUGAGGGAGACUCAUCCAGUAAUUGAUGCUUUGUAUUUUUGUAUUGUGACUAUGUGUACUAUAGGUUAUGGGGAUAUUAUACCUAGUUCUACCACUACUAAAAUCUUUUCAAUUUUGUUUGUUUUGGUUGGUUUUGGAUUUGUUGAUAUUUUACUAAGUGGGAUGGUUACAUAUGUGCUGGAUUUGCAAGAAAAUUAUCUUCUUAGAACUGUUAAGGCAGGGAAACAUGAGGAUCAAGCUAGGUCUUUGCUUGUUGAUGUGACAAAAGGUAGGAUGAGGAUUAGAAUGAAGGUUACAUUAGCAUUAGGGGUUGUGGUUUUUUGUAUUGGAGUUGGGGUUUGUGUUAUGCAUUUUGUUGAGAAACUUGGAUGGGUGGAUUCACUUUAUCUAUCAGUUAUGUCAGUUACCACAGUAGGUUAUGGUGAUCGGGCGUUCACAUCGUUGUCCGGUCGUAUUUUUGCUUCGAUAUGGUUGCUUGUGUCCACACUUGCUGUUGCAAGGGCCUUUCUUUACUUGGCUGAAGCUAGAAUCGAUAAGCGUAACAGGUUGUUGGCGAAACGGGUGCUUGGUCAGGAUAUGACUGUCUCACAGUUUCUUGCUGCUGAUAUGGAUAACAACGGUUUUGUGAGUAAGUCGGAAUAUGUAAUCUACAAACUGAAGGAGAUGGGUAAAGUGUCAGAUAAAGACAUUCUUCUGAUUUGCAAGAAAUUUGAUCAGCUGGAUUCUGGCAAUUGUGGGAAAAUUACUCUAACUGAUCUUAUGCACCCUCAUCAACGCGACAUAUUAUAGGACUCGAAACGAGGGCUCGAAUUUUCAGUCUCUUCAGUGCAGAUUUUGUUUCGUAAAUUCACACCUUCAGUUUGAUUCUCGGAUUCUAUCAGAUCGAGCCAAAAGUUUUGAUUCUUUUUCGAGUAUACGAGCUUUUUGUUUCCUAUGAUACGUAAUAAUUUAGUUUUAUGAUCUUUAUUUGGAAGUUUUUUCAUCCAUGCUAUGGUUGUUACUGCAAAUUGUUUAUAUUUAUAGUAAUACAAAUUAUGCUUUACAAAUUGAGCUCUGGAUAAGUGAAAAUUAGUUUCUAUCUGGGUUGCCCAAUAUAAAUCCCUUACAAUUUCGAGUCGGGUUCAUGUUGAGAGAGUAUAAAAUGUCGCCCGUAUUAGUUUGCCAAGGUAACUGCAAUGAAUAACUUCAUUUGAUCGUGAAAGCUGUUUUAUGACUAUUACUGCGAUUGUGAUCAAAACAGAGCCUGUAAGGUUAAGUGUUGACCGUGACUUGUGGGUUACUAUAGUGGUAAAAAUUGUAAUUGUUUGAUAUUUAAGUUUAACUAUGUGGAUUAUUAUAU